AGCUCUACCUACACCCUUAUUACCUUGGCUGCGCAGCUUUCCGCAUUCGUGGACGUAGCAUGCUGCACCAAGCAGUCGAGGCACGGUCCGGCCAGCCGCGGUCAUCUGCUCCCUCCGAGCCCGAGCUGCUGUGACCCGGCUAACACCUCGCUCGCCCCGUCGCCCGCCGCCGCCAUGUCUGGCCGGAAGCUCGGCGGCGGUCGCAUUCUGGGCAGCGGCAAAGGGCUUGCGCCGCCCGCGCCGCCGACGCUUCCUCGCUCUGCCAGCCCCUUGGCUCCCUCGGAAAGCACGAUUUCGAUCGGGUCGCCGUCCUCGUCGCCGGAUGCCAGCGGCAGUCUCCCCGACUUUAGCCAGGACAUUGGUUCAAGCAUCAGCGUGGGAGCGCAGUCCAAGGGCAACGCGGCCGACGCCUCGGCACUUGUUUGCCCGAUUUGCAACGAGGAAAUGGUCACAUUGUUGCAGCUGAAUCGGCACAUCGACGACAACCAUCAAGAGCUGCCCGAAGAAGAGCAGGACGAGGUCAAGACGUGGUUCGACAAGCAAGUUCUGAAGGCGAAGCGCUUCCAGCCUCUCUCUAUCAUCAAUCAGAAAAUUCGCGGUCUCGAGGUCUUCGAAUCCAACGAGUCGAACCACGUUCCUACGCCGGCUUUAGCCAGCAAGAUCAACCACGACGGGCCUGUCGACCCUGACGAACUCAUAACACGAAAUCACUGGCAGCGGUCAACUGCUUACGAUGUUUGUACGGACCCUGCGUGCGGCAAGGGCCUCGGGCCCAUAAACGGGAGUAUCAACUGCAGGAAGUGUGGGCGGUUAUUUUGCGAGGAGCACACCAUGUAUCAGAUGAAGCUGAGCAGAAGCGCAAACCACGAACCGGUGCGGGGCUUCUGGGCUAGAGUCUGUGAGACGUGCUACAAGUCAAGAGAAGGCUAUAACGACCACGUCGGGGUUUCUGUCGAUCACAUGGAUGCCUUUGCGGAAAUACGGCGGAAAAAGGUCGAGAGACAGAAUCUGGAGGUGUCGCGGCUAGAAAAGCGGCUGACCAAACUGACGCGCCUCCUGGCGGAUGCCCCCGAGAACACGACAGCGUCGAAUGGCUCGCUCCUGGCUCCGGUGUCGUCUUUUAUGGGCCAGAAAGACACCCGCAAGCUGCUGGAACAGUCCGUCGUCACAUGGGAGGUGGACGAGACGGUGCCCAAGUGCCCCUUUUGCCAGCAAGAAUUUGGCUCCUGGACGUUCAGGCGACAUCACUGCCGGAUAUGCGGUCGCGUGGUUUGCGCUGACCCACAAACCGGCUGCUCGCUGGAGGUUGGGCUCAAUGUCGCUGGUUCGAAGAAGACUUCAGAAGAGAAGCCGCAGGCCAACGGGGCAGAUGCGAUGCAUGUGAGCAUCAGGAUGUGCAGAGAGUGCAACCACACCAUAUUCUCGGGCCGUGACUUUACAGCGUCCCUUCAACACAAACCCCGGGACCAGAGGGCGUACGAGACCCUCCGCCAGUUUGAGCGCGGGAUACGCCAACUCUUGCCAUCAUUCCAUCGAGCUCUGCUGGCACUGCAGCCGGAGAAGUCGAGCAAUGGCGAAAUCGACCUGUCGAAACCACCGCCGACGCAUGCGCAGAUCCAGGAGGCAAGCAAGAUACGCAAGCGACUGAUUGACAGCUUCGGCAAGUACGGCACGGCGGCCAAGCGGAUGCGAAACCUGCCGACAGACAGCCCGACGCAGAAGCGGCUGCAGGAAGCCGUCUAUCGAUACUCGAGCACCUUCCUGCACACCAACAUGCUACCGCUCAAGAGCCUACCGGGCCUCCUCCGCCACCGGUCCACGCCGUCGACGUCGUCGCGCUUCCUCUCCGCCACGCCGACGCACUCCACGUCCAGCCUGCGGCACACGGAGCUCGCGGACUCGGAGACGGCCUCGCAGGCCCCCAGCGAGACGAGCACCAUGGUCAGCCAGCUCGAGACGGAGGAGAGGGAGCUGCGGGAGCGGCUCGCCGUGCUCGAGGAGCAGAAGUUCAUGGUCGACGACAUGCUCCGCCUGGCGACGCGCUCGCGCCGCUUCGAGGAGGUGAGCGCGCUGUCGAGGAACGCGGACGAGCUCGACGGCGAGAUCGCCGAGCUCAAGAAGAAGGUCGGCAACGUGGAGGAGCGCUGGGAGGGCGUGUACCGCGACGGGACGCCGGCGUAGGGCUUGCGAGUUCCCUGUUCUGUUCCCCCCCUUCCUUCCUACCUCCAUCGCGGCCCGUGACGGAACUACUUUCUCUGGUCCGUCCCCAUGUGCCGAAGAUGAGAAUGGGUCGUAUUAUAUGCAUUGCGAGGCGUUGGCGGAGGCACCCCCCAUCAUCUACUACUACUACAAAGUACAUCGUUGUAUUACACAGCAAGCAUGCGUCACGUCCGCUCGGCCAUCGAUGCAGCGUUUCCCCUUGGCACAAGCAAAGAGGUCUCUUUUCGCCACCCACUAUCGAAUAGGAACGUGUAUACUGUACUCAUGCUAGGUACUUAGACUGUCAAGUCAGGGUACUACUAGGUAGGUUAGUAGCUAGUUGCGUCGUGUAUAAACCCACGAAUCAUGUACGCAGAACCUCGCAAGAACCGCACAGAAUCGUGCACCCUCUUCUUUUGACACUAUUCGGCACAAUCCAUGCCUCCUCCCCUAUGCGGAUGGGUUGCCAACGAAGCAACAGGGGAAAGGAAAAAAACA